AUGGGCAAAGGCUGCUGGCCGAAGCUCCGUGUCCUUGGCGCAAAAUUUCGCAAACUAACAAGACACAUCAGACAGCAGGAACAGCAGGAGAAGGAGGAGAAACAGCUGGAGUUGGAGCAUCAGGAACCAGAGCAGCAGCAGCAGGAACCAAAAACAACAGCAGAAUCACGGCCGCGAUCAAAAGCCGAAAUCAAGCUCCAGCAGCACCCGCAGCAACAGUUCCAGGCGCAGCGUAGGGCACGGCCAUCGGUUCUACUGAAGCCGCAGUAUGCCUGCUUCCUGCAGAACGAGACAAAGCUGAAACAGCCACCGCCUGCGAUUGCAUUCAAGCCCAGGAAGGCGGCCUCCUUCUCAAUAGGAAACCAUCAUCAGCAGAGUAAUUAUGAAAUACCCGCUAGCAGAAACAGAACCACAGCCGCCAGGAGUGGAAGCCAGUGCAGCAGCGAUGCCACACAGUCGCGUCGUCGCCCGAGUCUGCCGUCAUCGCUAGCUUUACCCAAUGCCAGUACAGCCCUGCUCCAGGCACGCAUACCGGGCACCACGCUCUACUAUGUCUGAACCAAAAGCGAAUCGACAGAAACCAGAACCAAAAAAAAACUCAACA